AUGGUUUCGACCAGGGGUAAUAAAUAUAAAUUUACGGAUGGGGAAAGAGUUUUAUGCUACGAACCUGAUCCGACAAAAGCAAAAGUUUUGUACGAUUCAAAGGUUCUCGAAGUUAUAGUUGGAAAAGAUGAAAAGGGUAGGAAAAAUGUCGAAUACCUCAUACAUUUCCAAGGUUGGAAUUCAUCCUGGGAUAGGUGUGUGAGCGAAGAUUACGUUUUAAAAGACACAGAAGAAAAUAGAAAAUUACAAAAGGAUCUCGCUGAUAAAGCACAACUUCAACUUGGAGCUUAUUUAUAUCGAAGAGAUAGAAAGAAAAGAUCAAGAACGCUUUCGCAAAAAAUAAACGAAGCAUGGGAUUCAGGUACGAAUUCAUGUUCUAGUAAAAAAAGUCAAGAUGAUAAUGAUGAUUUGGAAACGACAACGGAAGAUGACGAACUUGGAGAAGAUGGCGAUAUCGAUGAUGGUAAUGAUGAUGAUGACGAUGAUGAUGAUGAGGAUGAUGGUGACGAUAAUGACGACGAUGAUGAUGACAAUGAUGAUGAUGAAGAAGUAGAAAAUGGAAACGAUAAGAAUAAAGGUUCAUUAAUGGACACGGACGAUAUAUUAGAUGAACGAAUCCCGUUGGAUUUGAGCAAUCAAAUGAAAGCUUAUCUCGAAGAGGAUUAUAAUUUAAUCAAUAACGAACUCAAGGUUGUUAUACUACCCGCGUCGCCAACGGUUUUAGAAAUACUUGAAAGUUAUAUAAAACAUUGCGGCGUUAAACAACCGAACGAAUCGGAAUCAAAGUCUCAAAGGCGUACGAGAAGUCAUUUUCAAGAUACUCGAGAGGUUGAUCCAAUGAAAGAUUUCGAAGCCAUGGUUGCAAGAUUGAAUUUGUGUAAGGAAAUCGUAGACGGACUUAGAAUAUAUUUCGAUUUCACACUCGGUCAACUCCUUUUAUACGAUUACGAACGUCCACAAUUCGAAGAUUCUCGAACGGAAUCCAAAGAAUAUGAUAGGGAUUUGAGAAUACCAUUUAUUAAACAGGAACCUUACGACAGUCUCAGCGAAGACGACACGAGUCAAAACGUUUCACAAAGUAGUGCUGAUAAUAAUAAUACGGAUAUUAGAAUCGAAUCUGAAACUAUUGACAGCGAACGGAAAAGAAGUUUGAGGUCACAUAGAGAACCCGUGACGUCAAACGAACCCACGUGCAGUCUCAUUCAAUCGAGUCAACCCGUUUCGAAUAACGGAAUUGGAAAACUCACGAUAAGGAAUUUAGGUUCGUUAGGUACCGGAAAUCAUUCGAACAUCUUGAGCAACAAUCACUGUUCGACGAAGAGCACGAGUUCGACGUCGUCCUACUACUCUCCACUCGUUCGUAAGAUCACGACGAAAUCAAGUUGCGUGGCCGUGAAUGUGAAAAUAGCCAAGCUCAUGGAUCACGCUUCCUCUUGGAAAAUCGUACCGGAAUCGUACCUGAAUGAAAAACCACGAAAUCCAUCGACGCUUUACGGUGCCGUACAUUUAGCCAGACUAUUCGUCAAACUUCCCACGUUAUUACACGUUGCCAAUCAACCGGAAAAAGAAAAUCAACCCAGAGUACUUUCGGAAAGAAAAUUAAAAGCUCUCAUUCAUCACCUUCAAUUGUUUUUAACGUAUCUAGAAAGUAAACCUGAAUGGUUCGGUGAAAAACAUUACACGGACAACGUAUACUUAAAAAGUGAAAAAAUAUCUUAA